AUGGCAUUAAAUUUAUUUUUUACCAAAAUUGUUAUAUUAUAUUUAUUAAUAAAUUUUUUUUCAACGGUAUUAACACAACAUGGAACAGUUGGAAAACCAUGUGAAGUAAGUACAGAUUGUGGAACUGGAAAUUAUUGUGCUGGAAAUAAAAGAUGUGCAUGUUUAUCAACAUAUGUUGAGAUUGAUUCAUAUUGUUGGAAAAAAAUUAAUCCUGGAAAUAGUGGAUGUACAAUGAAUAAACAAUGUGAAGCUGUUUGGCCAGGAGCAUAUUGUCGUUCUGGAGAAUGUCGAUGUGCUAAUAAUCAACCACCUUUUCAAACUCGUGAUGGAAAAGUAUGCCUUAAUUUUGGAUUUUGUCCACUUAAUGGAAAUAAUCCUAAAUUUAGAAUUGAAAAUCAAGUUCAACAAUGUUAUGGUGGUGCUGAUGCUACUUGUGAAGCUAUAGGUGCUUUAGCAUAUGAUUGUAUAUGUGAUUCUGAAGAUUGUACAGUUAAUAAUCCAAUUUCAUUUUGUUGUCCAUCUAGAAGUUUUGCUUGCCUAGCACCAAUGAAUGAAGGUCAUAGUGCUCCUGGAAGUGGUGGUACUACAUUAAAUCAUUGGUAUCAUGAUCCAAUAACAGGUGAAUGUAGAGAAUUAAAAUAUCAAGGAUAUGGUGGAAAUGCAAAUAAUUUCCAAACAAAAGAUCAUUGUGAAUCAUACUGUAAACAAACAUGUCAAAGAGGUCUUCCUUUAUAUAAGGACAGAACAACAGGUGUAAAACAGGAACCAGUUUAUUGUCAAGGAAAUGAUGCUGGAUGUAAUAAUCCAAAUUAUGCUUGUACAACUAUAGGAACACUUCAACAAUGUUGUCCAACUUAUCAAUUUAUAUGUUCUAAAAAUGGUGCUAUACCAACUGAGGUAUAUAAUACAGCAGGAGGAUUACCAUCAGAAUAUUUUGAUGUUGGUAUUCCAGAUGGUUCAGGAAAUACUUAUCCAAGAUUUUAUUAUGAUUCAAGAGAAGGUCGUUGUAUUCAAUUUAGUUAUCUUGGACAAGGUGGAAAUUUCAAUAAUUUCCUUAGUUCAGAUAGUUGUGAAAAAUUCUGUUCAAGAAUUUUAUGUUCAGCAGGUGAACCAUUAAAAGAUUCUUCUGGUGAAAGGAAUAUGGAAUGUAGUCCAACAGGUUCUGGUUCUAAUAGUUGUCCAAGUACACAUUCAUGUGAAUCAACAUCAGGAUCAAGUAGUUUUGGAGGAGUAUGUUGUCCAAGACCACAAUAUGUAUGUACUUUAAAAAAAGAACAAGGAAGUUGUGGAACAUAUUCAAAUAGAUGGUGGUUUAAUGCAAAAACUGGAAAUUGUGAAGAAUUUAUUUAUUCUGGUUGUCAGGGAAAUGCUAAUAAUUUUGAAACAUAUAAAAGUUGUCAAGAUUAUUGUAGAGAUGCUAGAAGUGAACCACAAUGUAUUCAAGGUUCAGCAUUAACUGAUUCUAAUGGUAAUUUUAUUAUUUGUGGAGGAUCAUCUUCUGCAACCACAACAUGUCCUGCAAAUACUUAUUGUUACUAUGAUGGAUCUACAUAUGGAUGUUGUCCAACACAAGCUUAUAUAUGUUCACUUUCAGCUAAACCAGGUUCAGUUUGUGGACCAGCUAUUACAAGAUGGUUUUAUGAUAGUACUACUAGAACAUGCCAAACAUAUAGUUUCAAUGGUUGUGAUGGAAAUGCUAAUAAUUUUGCCACUCAACAAGAUUGUAGAGAUUUUUGUCGUGUUGAUAGUUGUCCUGAUGGAGGUGAUGUUUGGAAAGAACCUAAUGGUGUUCCAAGAUCAUGUACAACAAAUCGUCAAUGUCCAAAUACACAUUAUUGUACACCAGUUACAUCAUGGAGUGGAACGAUGUUUCAAACAAAAUCUUUAUGUUGUCCAACAAAAAAUUAUAUUUGUAGUAAACCAAAAGAUGUUGGUGUUCGAUGCUCAUCUACAAAAAUUACAAGAUGGUAUUUUAAUAGUGAUACAAAAACAUGCCUUCCAUUUGAAUUUAAUGGUUGUGAAGGUAAUAGAAAUAAUUUUGCUUCAGAAAAAACUUGUACCAAUUUCUGUUUAUCAGAAGCUUGUCCAUCUGGAACUGUAGUUGCUAGAGAAGCUGAUGGUUCAAGACUUGUUCAAUGUUCUAAUCCUGGUGGUUCAGGUAGAAGUACAUCUGGCGGCUGCCCAGAAAAUUAUAGUUGUUAUUCAUCUCCACUUCUUGAUCAAAACGUUUGUUGUGGUGCAAGUGUUGAAUUACAAUCACUAUGCCCACCAUAUUCAACACCAUACAUAUCUGCUCUUACUCUUCAACCAACACAAUGUACACCAAAUGUUGAUGGAAAUUGUCCAGGAAACUUCUUUUGUUGGUUUUCUACGACGUCAUCUUCAGUUAAUGCAUUUUAUUGUUGCCGAUCUCCAGAAAGUGUUGAUACUGGUUAUUGUCCACCACAGUUAAUUCCAGUACCUGGUGAUGGAGGUCAACAAUACAAAUAUUGUUCACCUUCUGCAUCUGUUGAUGAUGUAAUUCAGGGAUGUGGAAUGAAUCGGCAUUGUCAAUAUUCUACAACACUUGAAAGAUACAUAUGUUGUGGUUUAGAAUCUGAUGUACGGCUACCAAAUAUAUGUCCACCACAACCAGCUAAUCUUGUACCAGUUGAGUUGGCUGGAAAUUAUAGAACUUGUAAUCCAUAUGCUAAACCUGGAUCAAGUCAAGCAUGCCCAGAAUCAUCAGCUUGCCUUUAUACAGGAAAUGAAAAUGGUUUUAUUUGUUGUCGUGUUCAACCAAAUCACGGUGUUCGGAUGUUAAAUUAA